AUGCAUCAAGCAAUCAGAUCAAUGUUGCAAACUUUCAAGAAAUAUCUAACAUUCGUUGGGCCAGGCUUGGUAGUCUCAGUUUCGUACUUGGAUCCUGGUAACUACUCCACGUCAACUUCUGGUGGUUCAAUGUACCAAUACAAGCUAUGCUUUAUCAUUUUCAUGUCAAAUUUGUUUGCUGUUAUAUUGCAAACACUAUGCGUAAAAUUGGGAACUAUAACUGGGCUCGACCUAGCUGAAAUGUGUAGAUUGAACUUGACCCCGAAAUGGAACUUGUUUAUGUAUUUGUGUGCUGAAAUUGCUAUCAUUGCUACGGAUUUAGCCGAAGUAGUUGGGACAGCUAUAUCUUUGGAAAUCUUAUUUGGUAUACCCUUGCUAUAUGGUGUUCUCAUUACUGUUCUUGAUGUGUUGAUUGUGUUGAUGGCGUACCACAAAGACGGUUCUUUGAAGCAGACUAAAAUAUUCGAAAUCCUAGUAUCUAUUUUGGUUAUGGCCACUUGCGUUUGCUUCAUCCUAGAGUUGUUCAAGUGCCCAUUUGAGCCGGGAGCAGGCUGGGAGAUUUUUAAAGGGUUUCUUCCUGUAAAUAAGGAAAUCUUUAAAGAAAAGAAUGCAUUAUUCUUAAGUUGCGGUAUUGUUGGAAGCACUGUUAUGCCUCAUUCCUUGUUCUUGGGUUCAGCAUUGGUUCAACCGAGAUUGAAAGAUUUUGAUGAAAAGCAUGGCAAAAAAGGCGAAAUUUUUAUUGAUUCAAGCAGCCCGCAACCAGAAAUAAUCCCUGAUGAAGCAACCAGUAUCGAUGCAUCACCAGACCCUUCGGCCACACCAAUGUCAAGAUUGAGACGCUUAUCGAAUGGGUCAAUGCUUGUGAAGAAAUAUAAGCCCUCGUACGAAGCAAUAAAGUAUUGCUUAAACUACUCCUAUGUUGAAUUGGUCUUGUCGCUAUUCGUUGUUGCAGUGUUUGUCAACUCAGCCAUAUUGAUUGUAGCUGGGGCCACUCUUUACGGCAAGCCUGAUGCUGCUGAUGCGGACUUGCUAUCCAUAUACGAGAUGUUGUCUCGCUAUAUAUCCCCUGCUGCUGGGUUGUUGUUUGCAUUGAGUAUGUUGUUUUCUGGUCAAAGUGCUGGAAUCGUCUGUACCAUGGCGGGACAGAUUGUAUCAGAAGGGUUCAUUAAUUGGACCAUAGCGCCCUGGAAGAGAAGAAUUAUGACCAGAGUCAUUGCGAUUAUGCCAGUGAUUAUUGUUAUUGGAAUUCUCGGUCGCGAGGGUGUCAAUAAGGUCAUGAAUUCCUCACAGGUUGUUCUCAGUUUCAUCCUACCAAUCGUCAGUGCGCCAUUGAUUUACUUCACUUGUAAGAAGAAGUAUAUGGUGGUAUACAGGACUAGCAACACUGCUGAAGAAACGAGCCCAUUGCUCACGUCUAAUGAAGACAGUGCUGUGACUUCCAAGCCAGUUACCUACGAGAAUGGGAGGUUUUUACGAAUUACAAGUAUCCUCACUUGGGUUAUAAUAACGGCUCUAAAUAUAUACUUGAUCAUUGCUUUUGCUAAUGGUGCAGAUAUAUAA